UUUUAUUCAGCAUGGACAAUGCUAACCUUAUUCAUUCCGUAAUAUUAGAUUCUGCUAUAACUGUUACAACUCAGACGUCUAGAUCCUCAAGAUCUUCAAGAUCUAAAAGACCCUCUAAAUCAACUAUUUUACGGAACAAACAAAAAGAAAAGGAAGAACUAGAUAAUCAAUUAAAAGUUAUUACCAUAUAG